AUGUUAAAUGUCCAAAGAAUUUUAAUCGUGAUAACUGUAUUGUUCUUUAACUCGUAUGAAGUUACUUCUUCGAGAACUGUGUCACUUUCUUCUAUUGUUAUUGUAGCAGAAUACAAAAAAGAAUAUCAACUUGUCAUUAAUUCUACUAUUGAGUAUGUGUUCCUAUAUCCUGUUGACAGUGUAAAAACUGCAAAAAUAGAAGUUGAAAGCAAUGCCACUCAUGAUUUACCUCUUAUAGUGGUUGCACGUCAAAAGAAAGGAAUCUUAUCAUGGCAAAUUCCUCUUGUAGUAACUAGUAUGUAUUUUGGUGAUGUAGCUUAUAAUAAAACAAGUCGAAUUCUGUGUUCAAAUAAAUAUUACUCGAAUCAGUUAGAGGAUCAAGAAGAAUUUGUUACUGUUAGUUUAUCCACUGCUAAUCAUAGAAAUAUUUCAUUUAAACUUAAUAUGACAAAAGAAACUCAUUUUUAUUUAAGCUCUGGAGAAAAGAGAUCAGUUGAAGUUUCUCCAUCACAGCCAAUUUAUUAUGGUUAUACCUUUUCAGAAGAGGUGGAAAAUUCUGUGAUUGUUCAUAUUGAGUCUGAUAGUGAUAUUUGUAUGACAGUUUCAAUACAAAAUACAUCAUGUCCUGUGUUUGAUUUAGAGAGGAACAUUGAAUAUGCUGGUUAUUGGCAAACUGUUAGUCGACAGGGUGGUAUUACUGUGCCAAAAGAAGACUAUCCAUUGGGUUUCUUUGUGGUACUUGUAGUAAAAAGUGAUGAUACUGAUUGCUAUGGAGCCCGCAGUAUGAUUUCUCCAAGAAAAAAAAAAUUGACAUUAACAAUAAAUGCCAGUAUUACUAAGCAAAAUUAUAUUAUUGCAUCCGGAUUUGCAACAUUACUUAUGUUUGUUUUCUGUUUAAUUUAUGUUAUAAGUGUAGUGUGUAAAAUUAAGCGGGAGUCGCUGUAUCAAGACUAUAUUGAUGAACCUAUACCAAAUUCUUCAACAAUAAAAGAGGUAAUAUCACAUCAAUCAAUAUCUUCAAAUGACUCUUCAUUGGAUGAAGACGACGUUGAUAUAAUGCAAGAUGCUUUUUCCGCUAAAGAAGUAGUACGAACAAAGCUUAUACUUUCAGUUUGCGAUUUGGCUCGCAAAAAUCCAGAAAUUCUUAGGCAUAAAUCACAAUUAUAUUUAUUGUAUUUGAUAACAGUUGCUAUUUUUUAUACUUUACCCGUUUUGCAAUUGGUGACAACAUACCAACAUAUACUUCACAUUACUGGAAACCAAGAUAUGUGUUAUUAUAACUUUUUAUGUGCUCAUCCACUUGGAGUGGUAUCAGAUUUCAAUCAUAUAUUUUCAAAUAUUGGGUACAUCAUGCUCGGUUUUCUAUUUAUAUUUCUAAUAUACUCUCGGGAACGUAAUAAAUUCGAGAGAGAAAGGAACAAGUGUUAUGGCAUACCACAACAUUAUGGAAUAUUUUAUGCAAUGGCUACUGCACUUAUCAUGGAAGGAAUACUCUCAGGAAGUUACCAUGUGUGCCCAAAUCGAAGCAAUUUUCAAUUUGAUACGAGUUUUAUGUAUAUCAUAGUUGUGCUAUGUAUGAUUAAAAUUUAUCAAACUCGUCAUCCUGACAUAAAUGCACGAGCACCAGUGACAUUUGGAGUUUUGGCGUUAAUCAUCUUCAUAGAAUUAAUUGGAGUUUUAAAUGACUCGACAUAUUUCUGGAUUAUAUUUACAAUUCUGCAUUUACUGAUUUGUCUGUUUCUCACUCUUCAAAUUUAUUAUAUGGGGCAAUGGAAAUGUAGGGAUUUUCUAGCACAAGUAAUACAGAGCUGUAAAUAUGAUAUUCGUUCCCAAAUUACGGGCUUGCCUCUACCUUCGUACCCGAAACGAUUUAUUAUGCUUGUCAUAGGAAAUUCAUGUAAUGUUGCUCUCGCGAUACUUGGAAAUAUAUAUCAUCAGAAAAAUUUUGCAGUCUUCUUGUUAACUAUAUUAAUGUCCAAUUUAGUUUUAUAUAUUCUUUUUUAUAUCGUUAUGAAGAUUUGUCAUAAGGAACGGAUUCGCUUCCAGCCAUUAAUAUAUAUUAUUUUAUCAAUUAUAUCGUGGACCGGUGCUUUAUAUUUUUUCAUAACCAAAAAUAUUUCUUGGGCGGUUACUCCAGCACAAUCUCGCCUUUAUAAUCAACCUUGCAAAUUGCUAUACUUUUUUGAUAAUCAUGACAUUUGGCAUUUUUUAUCAGCAUUUGCCAUGUUUUUUUCAUUUAUGGUACUGCUUACCCUAGAUGAUGAUCUAAUCGAUGUACAUCGAAGUCAAAUAUCAGUCUUUUAAGGACAAUGACACAAACGAAGAGGGUCCUUAUAAUUUUUUUAUCUUUUCCACGAUAUGACUGUAUGUAAUGUACAUUUGAACUUGAUGUCAAUGAAUUAAAAAUAGUAUAAAAUAUAUAUGUAUGUAUAAAGAUCAUUUAGAAACUAUUUUGUAUUA